UACAACAACAUGUCCACCCGUAAGAGAAAGCAAGAGGAGGAGGAGGAGCUUGUCUCCCUUCCCGACGAUGACGGCGAGGAGGAAGAGGAGUACGAGUCCGAGGAAGACGCAGAGGAAGGUGACGGUGAUGACGACGUGGAAGAGGAAGAGGAGGAAGAGGGCGACGCUGAUGAAGACGCGGAAGCCAAUGGUGUAGACGAGAAAGCUCCUCCAUCAAAGAAGCGGAAGACCGAGACCGAGGCCACGGAUGACGCGGCCGACGCCGAGGAGGCCGCUGAUGAGGAGGAGGAAGCCGAGGACGAACCCGAGGGUGGUGAGAACGCCGGCGAAGGGGAGGAGGCCCAGGCUGACGAAGAGGCCGCCAACGGCGUAGACGAUGCUCCUGCCAAGGGCGAAGUCAAGGCUGCCGACGCACCCGCAGCCGCUACCAACGGUGACGCCGCCAAAGCCGUUGCUGCUGGUGGCGAUGCCGAGGAGUAAACGCUUUUCCCUGUUCUCGCUCCCGCUAGCAAUCGUCCUUGUGGUUUUGGUUUUCUUUUUUUUUGCUUUUCGUCGACAUCCACUCUGUCCUGUAACAUUCUCAUCUAUCAUCAGCUUGUAGAAUAGAUGACGAAACGAGCAAUCUGCC